UUGAACCCCUUCUCUUUGUUCCUCUAUUACCCCUCCCUCGCCCUCUUCUCGAGCCCGAGAGCUCACCUAGCUCCUCUUUCAUGCUCGUGCAUCUGCUGUAGCUGUGCACUCCUCGGCUGUACUCUUCCCGUCGUGGGCUGCACUUACACGCGAGGGCUGCGAAAAUCCUCGGAUUUGCUCGAAGAAUGUCUUCACGUGCGCUCAAGACAUUGGCUGCCGUCUUGCCCCUCGUCGGCGGCGCGGUAGCCCAGUCUAAUACAACUGAGGUUGUCUGGUCCUCGGUCGCUUACAUCCUGUACGGAGACCACACGCCCCUCCAAGGCGACACCGAGAUCAGUUUGACUCCGCUGGGCGCGCAGCAGCUUUACUCUCAAGGGUCUCUCUUUCGAGCUCGAUACCUAUCUAGCUCGGCUCUAUCAAUCGGCGACAAUGCCCUCACGACAAACUCGCCAAUUACGAAUAUCGAGCCGAAUGCCCUCGACAACGCCCAGCUCUCUCUCUAUAGCACUACGGAUGACUAUGUAGUUGGAAGCGCUCUGGCAUUCUUGCAAGGCCUAUAUCCGCCUGUCAACGGGGUCUUUGCCUCCAGCAAUGGCGGCGCCAGCACGUCUGUGCUAGCUAAUGGCAGCACGAUCAACUUCCCCCUUGGCGGUUACCAGUAUCCAAACGUUCGGUCCCUCCCCAUUACGGACGCGAACUCCAUCUGGCUCGAGGGACACUCGUCGUGCGUGGGAUACAUGUCGUCGGCCAACGAGUUCAGGGUCAGCUCCACGAGCCGGGACAUGCGCAACGCGACCAGCAGCUUCUACGAGUCGACGUGGGAUCAGGUGUUCCCCAACUCGCUGCCGCGGUCGAUGCUCAACUUCGACUACGCGUACGACCUCUACGACUACGCGCAGUACGCGUACGUCCACGACCAGGCUGUGCGCGACGCCCUCGGCCCGGAGCGCCUCGAGGUCCUGCACAACUUCGCCAGCAUCCAGCAGUUCGACCUCAACGCCAACCUGACCGCCUCCGGCGCGCGCGACGGCGACAUGAUCCGCGCCAUCGCCGGCCGCACCCUGGCCGGGCGCGUCGUCUCCCUGCUGUCGACGCACAUCGCGUCGGCCGGCACCACCAACCAGCUCUCGCUCUUGUUCGGCUCCUUCGAGCCCAUGCUCGCCUUCUUCGCGCUCGCCGAGCUCGACGAGUUGCCCGAGGCGCUCGAUCUCUUCCGCCAGAUCCCGCUGCCCGGCUCGGCCAUGCUGUUCGAGCUCUUCGAGCCUAACAGCAACGGUACCGUCACCCGAAACGCCACCGAUUUCCCCGAUCGCGACCGCCUCUGGGUGCGCUUCCUGUUCCGUAACGGCACCGGUAGCGACGCCCCGAUCACCGAGUACCCGCUGUUCGGGCGCAGCAGCGCUAACGCGCGCAUGCGCUGGACCGAAUUCGUGGUGGAGAUGAACCGGUUCUCCGUCCGCGACGUCUCGAGCUGGUGCGAGCUCUGCCAGUCGAUGACCCUGUUCUGCAGCGCGCUGACCGACUACGACUCGGAUGGUGACGGCUGGAGCGGCGGUGCAGGCGGCAGCUCGGGCGGAACCGGCAGCAGCAGCAGCAACGCGUCGCUGUCUCCAGCCGUGGCCGGCGUCAUCGGCGCCGUCACCGGCAUCGCGGUGGCCAUCCUUGUCGUGACGUCGGCCUUCGUCUUUGGCGGGCUGCACAUUCGUCGCGACAGCAAGAAAAGUGGAAGUGGAAGCGGCGCUGGCGCCGGCAAAGAUGAGUCCAACGAUAAGAGUAGCAGCACUGUCGGCGGGUUCAAAGGCGCUGAGAAAUUGGAAUCAGACCGCGACGUGUCCGUCGCUCGGAACGGUGUGCGGCACGAACGUGUUGGCAGCUGGGAACUCGGUGGCCCUGGCCGCCCCGGCGCUGGAACUGGUCCGCAACUCUCUGUUCCCGCCCCGACCACCUCCGACAAUGUCCUCGGCGGGUCUAUUGUUAGACGUUUCAGCAAAGACGACGACGAUGACGAAGUAAUUUCCCUUGUGGGUCGUACACCUGUGAAGCCCCUAGAAGGAGUUUGAGGGUUACUAGAAGUCGACGUGCGGACCUAAUAGGGGCAAAGCGGGCGAGGAGCUGGCCCAGACUUUCGUUUCGUUUUCACAUGGUUUUUUUUGCCUUUCCUGAUUCUGCUUUCUCUACGAUCAUUGAUACCCUGGGUUGUGGAGGGCUUCCGGAACGAGGGAUAUUUACCCUCUGUUUGGUUUGGGAGUCUGGGGAUAAUCUGGCGUUUUACGGUGUGUCACGUGGCAAUUGAACCAGCCCUUAUAUGCCUACAUACCGCAAAGCGUGAAUGUAGGCGUCUACGUUUUACGUGACAGUAUGGCAUUAGCUGGGAACUCUUCGUGUCCUCGCCCGCCCCAUUGUGUUGCCCUGCGAGUAGGGGGAGUUAAAAUUGACAACCAUCCAACAACGGACAUACCGUGGUAGGA